CGCUGAAAAGUAUGUACACAGUCAUAAUCGCACCAGGCCGAUAGCUGACACAACGAUGUAUGGAACGUAGGGAGCAGCUGAACAGUUUGUCAGGGGCUGAAGUUAUUCAAGCCGAGCAUUAUUAUAAAUAUUAAUAUAUUUUUCAUCAAUUUAUCAUCGACAGUCUGGUGAUAUCUGAUGUGUAUAAAUUUAAAUUAAUUUCACCAUGGAUGGAAACUAUUACAUCGCGGUAUCCCUACUGUGGAUUAAUUUUCUAGUUUGGAGAGAGGGUCAUUGUCUGGAGUUGUCACAGUUAGUGUCGUGUCCAUCGGAAUGUGACAUCUCCAAAUGUCCAGUUGUCCAGUACUGCACAGGGCAAGUGGUCAAAGACGCGUGUGGAUGCUGUCCGAAAUGUUCCUCAGACAUGUGGAUCCAUCCCAAAUAUCCAGUGGUCAGAAAAGGUGGAUCCUGCGAACAGGUCAAGUGUCCUAAGUUCAAGGUAUGCAUGGAAAACAUGCAGGGACUUCCACUGUGUACGUGUCCGAACAUUCUGAUAUGCAAACGGCGCAGGCGCAGUAGCAAGGAAGUGUGCGGAAAUGAUGGAAAUACUUAUCAGUCUCGUUGUCACAUGAGAGUGACGGGAUGCACUAUCAAAACGAGGCUGAAGGUCAGACACAAGGGCCCGUGCUCCUCAAACUCAUAUAUGGUCGCCACGCAACAGUAUGGCGGCACUGUUAAAUACCCCGAUAGUGAAUACGAUUUACGCAGACGAAGAAAGAAGAACAGACGAAAGGACAAAAGAAAGCAAAAACACAAAAAGCUUAGGCGGCGAAAACGACGUCAAAGGAAAAGAAAAUAUGAUUAUCAACGACACAGACGACAAAAGACCAGAUUCUUCAAUAAUAAAAAACAAAAAGUAACGAAAUCGCCAGCUGAAAGAAGACGUUCAUAAUGAUAAACAAUGUGAUAUCAAUAAUUGGGUUCAUGAAAUUGCGUACAGAGAUAAAGAUUUGUAUAAAAAAUCGUGAGACAUUUUCCGGGAAAGUUUUGGGAAGAUAUUUCAUCAAAUCAUUGUGACAUACCGCAGGUAUUAAGGGGAUGUAACUGAGAAUUUCAGGUCAGAAAGCUACAUAUGUGGGCAAUAGAAUUAUUUUUGAUUUAAAAUGGAAUUCAUUCAGACAGUAAUGGUUUAUAGCAGUUUGUCAUUUGAUAUAUACGUAUUUCUGUGUGGAGAUACGUUUGAACCGCUAACGCAUAAUACAGACAGAAAAUGGCUUAACUUAAAACUAGAUGCAAAUUGUAAGAAAUAAUCCUACUUCUAGCAUGUAUCGUCAUUCAUUUUGUUGCUUAGAUUUCAUCAGUAUGAUAGCAUAUUUCUAUUUGAACAAUGGAAUAGUUCCGGGGGUUGUAAUUGAAAUUAUUCUAAUCUGGAGUUGGAGCAUAUUGAUGUUAAGUAAAUGUUAUGAACUUGAUUAAUAAAUUGUUGUUACUGAAAAGUUACUUAUAAAGCUUUUGAAAACCUUUGGUAAGAAUAUUUUACUUUUAUGCCAAAAAAACACCAAAAACGCUAUUUAGAAUUCGGCCUAACAAACGAAAUUUUGUGAGAAAAUAUUUGAAAACGGCAAAUAUGCAACAUGCUUUACAUGAAAUGCGUGAGUCUUAAACGGGAUGAUAAUUUUGUGACAUUCAUCGAUUAUAGCUUAAAGUGUAGUUUGGAUCGGGUCUGAUGUGUCGGAGGGGUUUUGAUUGUUGGUCAGUGAUUCGAGCUAAUUUACAGAGAGAGUGGAUGUGUUUUGGGAUACUCCUUCUCCGUGGAUAGAUUUUCUCCUAUACAUUGACACAGACAAUAAGUCAGUUUCAUCGGCUUUUUAAAAGUUAUUGAGGUUUUGGAAAAUAUGAAAUUUUUGGUAACAGACAAAAUGACUUGAGUACAAAGAACUUAAUUUCACAUAAGUAUUGCUAUUUUAGCAAAGCCAUAUAGGUUGUUCUGAACUUUUGCAACACAGGAAAAGAAGAAAACAAUAUAUUCAAAUCUUCAUAUUUAUAAAACCCUAAUAAGGACUAAAUCAAACUUCAAACCAACCUGUUUCUGUGAACUCUUGUCUGCUAUGUCGACCAACUUACGAACGAUGACUAUAAUAUGUCAUAAACAGCCAAAGCAGCAAAAACCUCUAUAGUUUCGCCAUCAAUUGAGCCUGGGGUACGGCCAUUUUGGAUUUAUCCGAACCUUUGUCAACCGCCAUGGAUAUCCUACAUUGUAAACUCUAAUCGGUCAAUUAAGGACGCCAGCCAUACCGAAGUUGUUUCUGUCCUAAGGCGAGGAAUAUCAUACGAUAUUAUAUCAAAACUUUCGUAUAAUGUAUUAAUGUGUUACAUGUGAGGAGAACAACUUGGGCAAUGUCUGUUUGCAAUCCUCGUAAAACUAAGAAUUAUAUAAGAUCAUUAUCAUUAUCAUCUAUAAAACAUAAAAGUAAAAGAGUAUCCCAAAAUACUUGUAAAAUGGUGUAAAGUGUGGUGUGUCGACACGAGUUGUGUAUGGAGUUGAUGCGGAGUUGUGUAUGGAGUUGUGUAUGGAGUUGAUGCGGAGUUGUGUAUGGAGUUGAUGCGGAGUUGUGUACGGAGUUAUGUAUGGAGUUGAUGCGGAGUUGUGUACGGAGUUGAUGCGGAGUUGUGUACGGAGUUAUGUAUGGAGUUGAUGCGGAGUUGUGUACGGAGUUAUGUAUGGAGUUGAUGCGGAGUUGUGUACGGAGUUGAUAUGGAGUUGUGUAUGGAGUUGAUGCGGAGUUGAUGCGGAGUUGUGUACGGAGUUUAUAUGGAGUUGUGUAUGGAGUUGAUUUGGAGUUGUGUAUGGAGUUGAGUGUGGAGAUAUGUAAGGAGUUUUCGACUGAUUAUGUACGUCAUGUGAUAUCAAACUUAACUAAAAGUAAAACGUUAUGAAAAAUA